AUGGAGAGAAGCCUACUAGAGGCAAAGAUAAAGAUGGAAAUGAAGAUGGAGAAAUUAAAAGAGAAUCAACUGUGGGAAAUGAGAAAUGAAAUGCAAGGAGAAAUGAAGAAGCGAAUACAGAGUGUACGAGAAGAAUGGGAGCGAGAAAGGGAAGAUUAUGAUAACAGGGACAGAGUGGAAAUGAACAGACUGAAGGAGUGUCUGCAAGCAGAGUUGGACGCCAGGAACAAAGCUUGCCAAGAAAGAGAUAAAGCUGUAAACAAUAUGAAAUAUCAUGAGUUUCUGUUCCGAGAAAAAGAACAAAGUCUGGUGUCGGCAUUACAGAAGUGCCAAGAAGGCAAGAAAGAAGCUAGCAAGAGACAGGAAGCCGCAGUGGAACAGGUCAAUAAUGCAGACUGGAAGUACAAGAUAAAUGUGAAAGCUAAGAGUUAUCAGAUGCCACAGCCAGAUGCCAGAAACAUGGCUGGCCAGAAAUCACAGCAUCAGCUCCCGGACAGAGCUGCCUCCAGCCACUCUGACCCACUGACACAAAUCUCCAGUGCCCUUCCACCGAUGUCUGCACCGGUUGCUGGCAAAGAAGUCAUUGAUAUCUUCAACUUCAGAGCCAAGACGAACAUCAGAAAUGCUCUCUCCCA